GAGAAACACUUAUGAGGAUCGACGGUUUUACCAGGUAUUUACGAAAAAUGAGCCUGUCUGUAGUUUGAAGGCGCCUCCUCCACAUAACUGGGGACCCAGUGCGCCUGGCGAGGACCUCGUCAGGAGGUGUGCUGGACAGCUCGGACAGGACAUCUUGUUCAGAGGACAGUGACGCCAUGACAGAGGUCAGAGGUGGUGUGGAUUGAGCUUCACUCUGCAGGAGGAAGAAGCAGGGGGAGUGUGGAGAGGGGGGACAGGACCAAAUCCUGGGCACCACCUAGGAAGAGGAGGAGCGAGGAAGGAGCUGAGGAGGAAGGAUCAUCCAAUCGUUGGUAGCCAGUAAGUCCAGCCCUUCAGAUGAAGAGCCUUCAGUUCCGGAGCAUCGCCCCUAAGGCCCCAGCUGUGGUGCCCUCCCCCUCCCCUGCGGUCCUGUCCUGCCAACCUCCCUCUGCCCUCCCUGAGGCUACCCCCGCCUCCAGCCCCAAGUCCAUUAUUGUGCCCACCCAAAACUAUGCACUGAUGCAAAUAGCUGGUCAGGAUGGCACUUUCUCUCUGGUGGCACUGCCCCCUUCUGUCUCCUCUCAGACACCACAGCAACAACAGCAACAAACCCAGUCAAUUCCAAAGAACCUCAAGUUGCCCAUUCCCAGAUACCAGCCAGUGAGGAGCAAGGGAACGACAGAUAAGGUCAAAUCACCACCACUAGCUGCCAGGGCAAAAACAGUCUCCAAGGUUGCUGUGACAGCAAAGACCAAGUCAGUGGCAUGUGGGACAUCAACAGUGAUGAACAAAAAACAACAGGAGUCCAAGCACACAAAGGAAGCCCUAGUGCCCAAAGAGGAGCCUUCCGAGCAGGUAAUUCUGAUUGACCCAGCCUCCUCUGAUAUCUCUGUCACUGCUCUACUCCCAGACAACGCUGUUCUGUACCCAGGAUCUCAGUUAGAGCGAACACCAGAUGGCUCUGAACGACCUGCUACAACUGGCCUUGUUCAGAACCUCCAGUACCCCCCUGCUGCUAUCAAAAGCUCCCCAGGCAAAUCUCCGGACGAAAGUAAGACUACAGUGAGGCUGUGCCAAUCUAAGCCUGCUGCAGCCCAACCUCAGAGCAGUAUCACUGUCCUGUCCCCAGCCAUCUUCAGCAAAGCAGUCCAGAUUAUCCCCUCCCCACCUAAGGGUAAACUGCCCAUCCCGCCCUACUCUAAAAUCAAAAGCACCCUCAUCCCAGCCACCAAGCUCAGCAAUUUGUCCCCAGAAAAGAAGGCUUUCUCUUGCCAGCCAGGACUCACCAGCUGCUUAGAUUCUUCAUCCAAAACCCUUGAGACAACUGAAUCAUUGGGUCACAACCAGGUUCCAAACUCCACUCUACAGCCCCAGGCCAAGACCACACUCAUGCCUGUGUUGGGAACCCUGCAGAAACCACCUGGCAAGAAGAGGGGGAGGAAGAGAAAAACAAUGGAAGACAUCUUGGCAUUUGAGGCCAGAAAGAAGAGGUCCUUGUCUUUUUUCCGUAGAAGGGUCCCUGAGAAACAGCCAGCAGGUGUUCCAGGCUCCAAACAAAAGGAAGUUGACAUUUCAAAGAAGUACCGCAGCAUCCGACCCAAACCCAUGUUGGUUAUGGAGUCAGUGCCUCAACUGGUUAGUUUGCCGGCCAUUACCCCAGACGGUCAAGAACAGGAGCUUGUACUUGGUCAUCAGGUUCCCACCACUACCACAACCAAGGCCCUGGACUGUCCUCCCCAACCAGCCCCAGUAACCCUGCACCUGAGAGGUGCUUCCCAUCCUAGAGUGUUCAUAGGCAGCCGUCCGCUCCACCGUUGCCCCACCUGCAGCCGCUGUUUCCAAUUCAAGCAUCACCUCCAGAGCCACAUGAACAGUCAUACCAACAGUCGGCCCUACGUCUGCCCAGUCUGCCGCAAAGCGUACGCUCACUCUGGCAGCCUGAGUACCCACAUGAAGCUUCACCACUCUGAGGUACGCCCUCGUCGGUCUCUAGGCUGUGAGUUCUGCAAGAAGGCCUUUGGAUAUGUGGGCGUUUACUUCAGUCAUCUGAGAGAGGUCCACAAAGUGGUGCUGACCGUGGAGCCGUCCAUCAGCCAUCAUGAGGACAAUGUGUCUGUAGAGGGGGCCAAUUCCCCAGAUGAGCAGGAUCGUGAAGACCCCGUGGAGCUGCAGAUUAAGUGCGGUCGCUGCCAGGCCAUCACUCCAACCUUUGCAGACAUGAAGAUGCACUUGCUGUACGUGCAUGGGGAGGAGGUCCACGUACGACUUCAUGAUGGCCAAACCCCACGAGGUGGCCGCGAGGCUGAGAAUGAACUGGUAAAACACGCUGCCCACUACUGGUGGCAGCUCAAUGAGAAGCGUAAUCUGGUCAAGUGUGGUAGCUGUGAUGAGGAGUUCCUCUCCUUCUCCAAGCUCAAGAGGCACAUCAUGUCUCAGCACCGUGAAAGGGAGGGGGAGGACCUCUCGUCACCAGAUAGCAGUGGAGGCCUUGGGGUUCUCGCAGCAGGUGCAGCCUUUAACUGUGUGCUUUGCAGCGAGGUGUUGGACAGUAAAGAGAGAGUUAUGGAGCACUGGAGGAGUCGCCACCACUGUGAGCAGCCCAACCUGUUGUGGGAUGCCCUGAGCUCGUACUCUGGCCAGGAAGAGGGUGAGGCGGAUGAGGAUUUGGACACACCUGCCCCAAGCCCACACUAUCCAGCCUAGCCCUUGGAUGGGCGUGGAGCCCUUUGCUGUGGCUCCUCCUCAUACGCACUCAGUCCUAACAAUCAGCAGCACAGGGAUGGAGAGUUUCUCUUAUGUCUUCUAGCACUAGUUUCAUCUUUCACCAGUUGAAUUAUUUCACGUGGUCCAAAAGAAAAAAAAGGGGAGAAAGAACAACAAGCCAAUGGUGAAAAUUGAUCUUUGUGUUACAAUUCAUAAGGUAUAUCCUCUCUUGGUCAGAGAAUCCAGUUUUAUAGAAAAUAUUAUUUUUCAUGUUAUUUUCAUUGCACUGUUCUGUUUUUGGACUUUAUUUUGUUUGGAGGUGUGUAUUUAAUAUCCUGUUGGAUUUUUUUUCUACAUCUUAUUUAAAUGUUAUUAAAAGGGUAAUUUUUAACCUAGCUGACACAGUAAAACUGUUAAAAGGUCAUUUCACCCAAACACUUCUCCCUCUUGUGAUAUCUAGCCAUGCAGAUAAUUUGGUUUUCUGUGCUCAGUUUUUUAAGAUAUCUGCGCUGAGAUUUCUGCCCCCACCCCAAAGAAAAAUUACAUUUUUAAAGUUUGACAACAUCUGUUAUUCUGUGGAUUAUCCAGGGAACAGGUAACAAGGGAGAGAGUGAAAAAACAAAUGGCCACCGCCAGAUUUCAACCCGGAAACAUUGCAGUUCAUGGUCAGUGUCUUGAUCCCUAUGUGGGGGUGGGUGGUAUACUGGAUUUCAUCACAGUCACCAGUGUCAAGUUCAGUCAUGACACUGAUUUUGCAAUAUGGUCAUUAUGUGAUUAGGUGUUUAGCAUAUUAAAUAUGAUGCUCUUGACUGUGGCUGUGAUAACAUGCAGGUAGAGGGUAACACAUGUAGAGCUGCAGUACAUUCAGUCAGUAUUUUCCUCGCUUUAACAGCGACUCUUAUAACAUGAAGAUGUGGAAGGCAACAUUACAAGCAACCACGCCAGUUUCCCUGUCGUUGGCACAACAACGGGAAAACUCUCAUGCUGUGUCUUAUGUGCACACUCCUCAUUUUACUUCACACUACUUUGGGGGCCAAUACGAAGUAAGAUUCACUUCAGAAACUUAAUUUGCUGGUUAGCCUGUUGAAUUUGACAGUAGCACGUUUUGCGGCUAAUGUGGCCAGUAGCAUCUAUUGUAGUGAACUGAGGAAGAAUAGGUGUACCUUAUAAGUAACACAGUGAUAUAAUACUGUCACUGUAAAAACAAAAAAACAUAGUGUGGUGUUAAUUUUAGGUCACAUUACCUACGCUGACUACUAAGCCGCAGAAGCUCUACAACUUUUUUCCUGAAAGACAAAUACCAUUGACCUGCAUUUUAUUUACAGUACACUCCUCUACUUUAAUAUUGUGAGCAACACAAGCAAAAUUCCAUUCAGUUGCUUUUCAUAGUGGUGAAGGUGGAAAUUUCAACAAUGACAUCUUGACUGAAACUACCAAAUCUGCACAGCUAUAUAUUACUAUUUACCAUAGGAGAGUGAGGAAAUACGUUUUUCAAUUUGGGUGGACUGACCCCUUCAAAUACCGAGAAAUGUAAAUCUCAUAACAAGGGCACACUGUCUACUAUCACACUGGCUGACAAUUAAUCUGCUGGCCUUGAAUUAUUACAGGUCACAAGAAAUCAGUGAACACAAAUAUGUGAUGUAAUACUGCUUCUCUAAUGGAAAAUCAAUAUUUUCAGAUUUUCAUGACUUGAACUUUGACAGUCUGAUUAAGGGCAGUAUUAGGGUCCUCUGUGAAACCUGGACCCAUGAAGGAACACUUUCCUAACCAGCACCCAAGUGACAUCCUUGUGGCCUUCUGAGAAAAUCGGUGUUCAUGCGUAAUGUGGCUUAUCGUCAGUGUGGUCCUCUGUAGGCCAAGUUCUAUCUCCUUGACUUGUUGAUUAAUGCCUAUAUGUGUAUUCUGUGAUAUGCCAAGGGUCUUUUCACACUAGUGAUUGUAGAAGUGAGUUUUGCAUUGAAGCAUUUUAACCACUGACAGAAUACCUUUUGUUGACUUAGUAAAUACGCAAAGGAAACCAUCGAAUUGCCUACCUGUUGUUGCCAGCUCAUGUAUGCACCUGUGGAAUUGUGUGCACCCAGACUCUAUUAUUAGAGUUAAUAUAAACUGUUGUCAAGUCCAGAAAAAUAUGCUAUUUUAUACUCUAGAUUAAUACAGAGGUCUUUUAGUAUUUACGCUCGUUGUUGGUCCUCGUGGAACCAGCACUGAGACAUUUGUUUUGUUUGCUUCUAAUUUGGGCGAUGCCUAAUGUCUUGUUUCUUGAUGGGGAGGCUACAUGGCAGGUAGCUCCGCUAACAUAUGUCUGUGGUUAUCUUUCAUAUGGAGAAAAAAAAACAUCACAGGGUCAAGUGAAUGUACCUGAAUGUUUUAAAAACCCUACCAAAAGUAUAUGUAUGCUAUAUAGACUAAUUCUAUAGAUAGAAUAUAUAGAUAUAUUGAGAAAAAAUAUAUAUAUAUUUACAUAGAGUAACUAGUGAAUCAGCUGCUUUGUUCUGUCACAGUGGAGGAAGGAAACAAGAUGAAUACAUCAUUGCCAAAACUGGCAAACAAACCAACUAACAAAAGCCAUGUAGAGCUGUCCUUAAGUUUCUGACACAAAAUGUAGGACUUUGAAUGAAGGGCAAAGCACUGAUGUGUAUGUGUCGCACUGAGUGGGUAAACUUUACAGGACGACAGUUCAUUGAAUGCCAUGUUCAGGUGUUCAUCAGUGAACUGUCCUUUGUUUUCAAGCCCUCAACACAAACCAGGAAGUGACAGAAUUAAGGGUCAGACUCUUCUUUCCUCAGUUCAAUGAGAAACAUACAUGACCGUCAGCACAAGUCAGAAAGUGAAAAAACCCACAUUUGGUGAUAUAAUGUGUUUGGCUCACUUAAUAUGUUAACUGUGUCCAAAAAAAAAAAAACAAAAAAAUACUUAAACUGUUUGUGCUUGUGACUGUUUGUGUACCUGAAGAACCUGA